GCAGGGACGAUUCCAAUUCCAAUCACAGCCAACUGCGUGCCCUGGCACGUGAUUCCGUGCAUUUCCACUAAUCCAAGAAACGUUUCUUCCCUCUGCUGUUCAUUCACUGGACCGGCUUGCUACGAUGACACCAACCGAUGUUGAUGUUUUGACCAACGACGACGAGCGCGCAGGGUCACACGAGAUAACCUCGGGAAGGUUGACGCGGCCGCUGCCGGUGGAACAACGAAACGACUUCUUUGGCCGGGUCAAGUUCACGCUAGGUGUCCUGAUGGAGACGGCUGGGCAAGAGAACGGUGGUGGUGCUGGUGGUCACGUACCGGUUUACGGGGACGCCGGGACACUGCUGCGGGUGCUGCCAAAGUUUCUUGGAGCAAGCAUCGGCAUCAAGCCAAUUCUUCAAACAAGUGCCGACGGCACCCAGGACAUAGUCAGUGCUCUCCAGGACCACGAGGUGGACGUUGUGUACAGUCGAAUCAACGUUGACGUCGCAUUGGAACGAAAAAUUAGCUACUCUUUCGCUGUUUACCACGAGUUCCGCAACGUGUACCUCCGGCAGCCGGAACUGAGCGAAAUCCGCGACAUCUAUCUGGCCCCGAUAACGACCACGCUAGCCGUGGCCUUUCUGGCACUGACCAUAACCCUUGCCGUCAUGUUACGACUGAUCAACAACCUGCACGUGACAACACGCUGGAAACGGAACCAGCACGCACCACCCACGGACCACGUGUCCGGUUCGGAUGCGUUCCUCUGGUUUAUGGGCAUUUUUUGCAUGCAAGGCAGCACCAUCAAUCCCAACUGUCAAAGUUCGGCCACGAUCGUCAUCACGGCCCUGCUUUUCCAGCUGAUCGUGUACAACGCCUACUCCGCCUCGAUCACGUCCAAGUUGUCGAUCUAUCUGGAUGAGGUGACGGACUUGCACGGUUUGUUGCAUGCAACCGACUUUGAGGUGGGCUUCGUGCGUAAUAGAUCCGAUGAGGCGUAUUUAGUGGCAAACCGCGAUCGAGAUACUAGCGAAAUACUGAAGCGAUCAAUGAAAAAUCCAACGAUCAAGGUUGAACACUACCGGGAAGGGCUUCACCGAGCUGUUGAGACUAAAUUUGCCCUGUUUGGACGGCAUGGCGCAGUUCGGGGAGCUAUUCGGAAUCUAGCUGCGACGGAUUUUUGUGAGGGACUACAAGCAGAACAGACGAUUGUAAAUCGCAGUUUCGAGCGCCUUACUGAACUAUUCAAGGACUUGCAAACCUCCAAACUAACAAGAAAACAGUUCUGGGAUCAUCUGAAAUCAUCGAUCAAAGUGACUAUGGAUCAACAAACUCUGGUUUUUUGCCACCUCAUCAAAGUGAAAAAAAUGGUCGAGCUUCUUUACUAUGCCACAUACUUUUACGCCAUAGGAUGCAUUGGAUCUUCGUUCUUCUUGGUACUAUCACAACCGAUGUCCAUUUUGCUAUUUCUCCACGUUGCAACCGUCAUCGUAAUUUGCUUCGAGUGUUACCAACUGAGUUACCAAAUCGAUUGUCUGAAGGAAGUUUUUGCAGCCACCUCCGGCCAUGCGUUCAGUCUGUGCGCCCAGUUGCCAUACGCUGCCGGUGAGCAUCGCAAGGACUACCUCGAGGUGCGCACCACGCUGAUGAUAAUCGAGAUAUGCUCGCGGAACGUGGUGUGCUUUCGGUGCUUCGACAUCCCGGACAUUUCGGUUACGGUUUUUGUCAGCAUGGUUAAAGUUUCGUACUCGGUGCUGACGUUUUUGCUGAACACGAUCUAAGAACGAAACAAUGCUGACAAAUCUACAGGCUUGGCACAUAACUAAUUUUGACCUAUUGCUUUGAUGUUGUUAAUUAAUUAGUUGAUCUCUAGAAAAGAUCGAUAGCUGUUGACUCGGAUUUGGAGUUGGUGACGAUAGAGCACACUCCACAAGACGAAAAUGUUUGAAAUUGAUGUUACGACACAAAGACAUGACAAGUAUAAUGUCUUUAUAAAAACAAAACAAAAAAAAAUAUUGUUGAGUGCACUGUUCUUAUAUAUUAAAAUUUGCAAUCUGUUCAAAGA